AUGGCAUAUUCCUAUCGCGACAGAACGUACACCGAAUCCUCACCCUCUAGUGCCACCCUCGCGCCUCAAAAUAAAGUAGAACACGAAGGCGACACACCGGGGAUUUCGACGGGUAGUCGCGCAGCCACCUGGUCUUCACAGAACGAAAGCAUUGCAAGAAAUUCGGCAUCAAUAGAAAACUGGUCUUCCGAUAUCACUACAUUAAAUACAGAAGACCAAAAAAGACCUAAAACUGUUAUAAAAAGAAAACCAGUACCUAGUACUGGGCUGCCGGAGACGGAAAGCGGCGGUAGCUAUAGUAGAAAGAGAACAGAGACUAUGGAUUCUUCAGGGGGCUUUUCUGAGAAUUCUAGGGCUCAGCCAGCAGAGCUAAAUGGGAGAUCUGAGAAUACGAGUUUACGAAGAUCGUCGGCAUCCGAGGUGAAACAGGCACAAAUUAGCCAUUCGGAAAGAUCUGAAUCCCUCGUGGAAUCUGGCCUGGCGUUGUUAAACCGACGGAACUGGACCCCCUUCAAGAUAUUUAUGCUAGCUGGUCUCAUUUUGACGCUUCCGGGGAUCUUAUCAAUGAUUUCUUCUUCGGGUGCGGGACCGGCGACUGGGCUUACACCGGCAAGCCCGAUAGUAGCUAUCAUGGGAGAGACUGGUUCAGGAAAGUCGAGUUUUAUAAAGGCUUUAGGAGGGAGGGAUGAUUCUGGGGAUUUCCCCCUUGUCGGCCAUACUCUAAAUUCAACGACAAAGAAGGUUCAAUGGUAUUCUGCUGUGGCUGGCUCGAAGGGGUUUUAUAUCCUUGAUACACCUGGCUUCGACGACUCGUAUAUGAGCGACUUUGAUAUAUUAGAGGGCCUGACCAAAGAACUUGCCACGAUAUAUAGCAACUCAAGGCCUCUGACGGGGAUUAUAUAUGUUCAUGAUGUCUCGAAGGAGAAGAUGGGUGGAACAUCACAUAAGAGCCUGCGAACAUUUCAGAAACUUGUGGGAGAACGGUCAAUGGAAAAUGUAGUUCUUGUGACUACCCAUUGGCGAUCAUUCUUGAAGGGAGAACAAGUAAAGCGUGAGGAUGAACUACGGAAAACAUUCUGGGCGUCGAUGAUAGGACGAGGAUCAAAGAUUUUGCGUCAUGAUGGGUCAACCAAAUCGGCAGUACGGAUUGUAAAGGAGAUGCUUGAUAGAAAACCAGUGGUGGUCAAGAUCGUAGAUGAGAUGGUUAACCAGAAGAUGGCAUUUUAUCAGACAGAUGCUGGUGGGGUUGUUCAGGAGGGGUUGAAAGUAUUGGAGGGGAAAUUGGACUCGAAUGUGGCGGCUCUUAACGAUGAGAUCACACAACUGAAGAAGGAGAGAAAAGAUGCGGAGAAUGCAGUAGAAGAUAGAAUGAAGAAGUUGGAGAAACAGUGGAAGACUAGUACACAGAAGGAGAGACAGGAAAUCGAAGCGCAAAUGAAACGGAUUAAAACUGAAGGGGCAGAGCAAGCUGGGAAGUUCAACAAACAACUUACGGCGAUCGUUUACGAGAAGCAGCAACAAGCAUACCAGAUCAACGACUUGAAGAAGGCUAAUGAGGCUCUCCAGAGUCAACUAGACCAACAAAGGCAGAGACAGCUGCUCGAGGAGGAAGAACGGAGGAGGAAGGAGAAGGAGAAGGAGGAGGAAGACGAUGAAUCGGGUUUCUUCACAAAGCUUUUCGCAGGCAUCAUUACAGCUAUCAUUUGGAUUUUUUUGACAUUAGUUCUGAUAGGGUUCUGCGUUAGCCCUAGCCCGUAA